UCGCCAUUCGCCAAUUUCGACACCAAAAUUCCACAUCAUUUUUCCACAAAUUUCCCCAAAAUCGGAGAUAAUCGAGAUAAAUGACGAUAAGAUAACACCGUUGAAGCAUCGCUCAUGAGUCGGAGCCCAUCGUCGGAAGAAAUCAAAUUACAUAACCAUGGCAAAAGCUCAAGUUGAUGCGACGUUGUUGAUCAUCAAAGAGGCUCUGCAGAAUUACAGUUUGGACGAGAUUUUCCUCUCAUUCAAUGGCGGCAAAGACUGCACCGUGCUCCUGGACAUACUCGUAAAGUAUUUACACUCCAUUGGCGCGGAUCACAAGCGAAUUUUGUACAUUUACGUGCAACCGGAGCAUCCUUUUGAGGAAAUUGAGGAAUUUGUGACGACUUGCGAGCAACAUUAUGACAUCACAAUGCAAGUUUAUCGCGGAAAACUGAAAAGUACGUUGGAGAAAGUUUGUGCGGCGGCGCCUCAGUUGAAAGCUUGCAUCUUGGGAAGUCGUCGAACGGAUCCGUAUUGCGAGAAAAUGCAGGCGUUUCAGGAAACGGAUCACGGAUGGCCCAAACUCAUGCGAAUUAGUCCGUUGCUCGAGUGGAACUGUGAUAAUGUGUGGGAUUAUUUGCUGGAAAAUAAAGUGGCUUAUUGCAAAUUGUAUGAUCGGGGAUACACGUCGAUCGGGGACAAGACAAACACGAUACCGAAUCCUCAUUUGAGGUACGAGGAUGAGAAAACGGGAGUUGUGCGAUAUAAGGCGGCAUACGAACUGAGGAAUGGAGAUGCUUUUGAACGAGCAGGAAGACUUACUUGAGAACUUAUUUUAUUUUUUUUGUUUAGUUUUUUAGAAAUAAUAAGAUGCACGCAGAUGAGAAAUUUUAAAGAG